AUGUCGCUGCUGCCUCACGCCGCCGCGAUGCGGUCAGCGGCGCUUGCGCCCGCCCGCUGCAUUUGCGCAAGGGCGGCGCGCGGGCCGGCGCCGCGAAUGGGCGUCCGGGCGCGCUCGCAGGGCCCGUUCAAGGACCAGGCGCCAAACGAGGAGCAGCUGGCGCAGAUGAAGGCACAGUACGAGGAGGCUAUGAAGGACCCUACGAUCAGGGACAAGAUGGCGCAGGUGCAGGAAAUGAUGAAGAAUCCGGGGGUUCUGAAAGAGAUGCAGGCCAUGCAGGCCGCGAUGUCGACGCCGGGGUUCCAGGAGAAGGUCGCGGCGCUCAAGGACGACCCUGAGUUCAAGGAGAUGUUCGACGACAUCAAGAGCAACGGCAUGGGCGCCAUCAUGAAGUACUAUAACGACCCUAAGUGGGUGGCGAAGAUCGCCGCGGCGGUCGGCUCGCCCGGCGCCGCUCCGGAGGCCGCGGCCGCAGCUCCCGCCGCCGCCGCUGCUGCUCCCGAGGUGGACAACCUGAUCGACGCGGCCAAGGUCGGGGACAUGGAGGCGGUCGAGGAUUUCAUCGCCGUCGGCAAGGACCUCAACAUGACGGACGCCGAGGGCCGCACGCCGCUGCACUUCGCGUGCGCGUACAACCGGCUGCAGGUGGUGUCGGAGCUGCUGACAGCAGGGGCCGAGCUGGAGAUCUCCGACAGCAAGAAUAACACCCCCCUGCACUACGCGGCGGGGUACGGCCGCGCGGAGGCGGUGCGGAUGCUCCUCGAGGCCGGCGCGAGCACCGCCGCGCAGAACGCCACCGGGAAGACCCCCCUGGACUUGGUCAAGCUGUCUGACCAGAACCCGCUGAACGCCGACGAGGACCUCUGCUUCCAGCUCGAGCCAAAAACGGCGUGA